UCAUAUUUUAUUAGGGAUUUCAAUUUCCACUAAAAAAAAAAAGAGAUAAUUUAAAAAUUUUCGUGUCCCGCUUUCUCUGGCUCGCAUCACUCGCUUGUUGGAGAUUUCUUCCUGGAAGGAGCAGAGGGCAAGUUGACGGAUGAGUAUGAGAGUGAUGAAAGGUAGGGCUGCAUUUGAUUUGGCAAUAGGACUAAGCAGGGCUGUGAUUUCAGCCUCAAACAAGAAGGGAAGGCAUUGUUCGUGGGGCCCACAAGUGGAGGAGACACUCCACAGGUUGGGUUGGCGCCAAUGCCUGACCCCAUCACUGGUGGCCAAUGUCAUAGACCCUUUCCUACUCACCCACCACUCCCUUGCUCUUGGCUUCUUCAAUUGGGCCUCUCAGCAGCCCGGCUUCACCCACACAACCUUCACCUUCCACUCACUCCUCAAAUCCCUCUCACACACCAACCACUUCACUGUCAUUCAUUCACUCCUCAAGCAGGCCAAGGCUCUCAACUUUCCCAUUCACCCCUCCCUUUUAAGCUCCAUUAUAGCAUCCCAUGUUGCCUGCAACCGUGCCCACGAAGCCUUUUCCCUCUUCAGUGGCAUUGCUCCUCUUUGUGCUGAAAUUGGGGGCGCCACCUGUAACUCGCUCUUGGCUGCCCUUGCUUCUGAUGGGUACUUGGAGAGUGCACACAAGGUGUUUGAUGAAAUGAUUGGGAGAGGUGUUGGUUUCAGUACACUGGGAUUUGGGGUGUUUGUUUGGCGGGUUUGUAGAGAGGGUGAUUUGGAGAAAGUGUUGAGUUUGUUGGAUGAGGUUAGGGAAUGUGGUUCUGGGAUUAAUGGUUCUGUUGUGGCUGUUUUGAUUGUUCAUGGGUUGUGUUGUGCUUGUAAGGUAUCGGAGGCUUUGUGGAUGUUGGAUGAACUCAGGAGUAGGGGCUGGAAACCUGAUUUCAUAGCUUACUGGGUUGUGGCGGCAGCAUUCCGGUCAAUGGGAAAUGUGGCUGAUGAGGUGAAGGUUUUGAAAAUGAAGAGGAAGCUAGGGGUGUCUCCCAGGUGCAACGAUUACAGAGACUUGAUACUUGGCUUGGUUUCAGAGAGGCGAAUUUGUGAAGCAAGAGAAGUUGGGGAGGUUAUAGUUGGUGGUAAUUUUCCAGUUGAGGAUGAUGUUCUCAAUGCAUUGAUAGGAUCGGUAUCAAGUGUUGAUCCUGGUGCAGCAAUUGUGUUUUUCAAGUUUAUGGUUCAGAAAGAGAGGUUUCCGACUGUUUUGACCAUCAGCAAUUUGAGUAGGAACUUGUGUAGGCAUGGCAAAGUCGAUGAAUUAGCAGAGGUGUUCCAUGUUUUGAAUUCUGAAAACUACUUCAAAGAUGUGGAGGGUUACAAUGUGAUGGUAUCAUUUUUAUGCAAGGCUGGGAGAGUGAGAGAAGGCUAUGCUGCUCUGCAGGAGAUGAAGAAGCAAGGGUUCCGCCCCAAUGUCUCAUCAUAUAAUUACAUAAUGGAAGCAUGUUGUAAGGAGGAUCUACUGCGUCCUGCAAAGAAGCUCUGGGAUGAGAUGUUUUCAAGUGGCUGUUGCGGGAACUUGAAAACAUACAACAUUCUUAUACAAAAAUUUUCUGAAGUGGGACAAGCUGAAGAGGCUCAAAUGCUCUUUUACCACAUGUUAGACAAGGGGUUGGAACCUGAUGUUACUAGUUAUACUUUUCUUCUAGAAGGGCUCUGCCAAGAAAACAAGCUUGAAGCAGCUUUUGAGCUCUAUAACAAGUCUGUCAAACAGAACAUCAUCCUUGCAAGAAACAUAUUGAGCUCGUUUGUAUCAUCUCUCUGCAGGAAAGGACAUCUUACGUCUGCAUCCAAAUUACUUUGCAGUCUCAAUCAUGAUAUAGGACAUGCAGAAUCCCAUGUAAUUUUGUUGAAAUGUUUGGCGGAUGCACAAGAGAUUCCAAUUGCCAUUGAGCACUUGAAGUGGGUUCAGGAAAAAUCACCUUCAAUGCUACAAGAUAUAUGUACUGGACUUUUGGCUUCUCUUUCUUCUGCUACAUGCCCAGAGCCAAUGUUAGAAUUUCUUCAAAGAAUACAAGAUGUGUUUGAUUUCCCAUACUUUGAAGAUUAUGUGCCACUAAUGACUAACAGGUGUGAAGGUUAUCAGAUUUGGGUGUCAUUGGCUGGUUGUAUUUGGGAAAUGGAGCAAAACAGCCUAGAGCAAAUAAUACAUCUACUGCCACCAGUCAAAUGUGAUUCCCAAUGAAUCAGUUGAAUCAGUAACAUAAAGAAAAGCAAGAACAUAAUGAAAAGGGAACGUCUUCAAUGCUCCAAAUGAGUUAGGGUCCAUCCAUGGAACACCAACUUUUCCUGGUGAUCUCUUUUUACGUUUUUGGCAAUGGAGUAGUCAAAAAUUAUAAAAUUGCAAGGAAUCUAGAUGACGUUCGCGAACAAACAUAUUGAAGUGCCCCUGUCCUACUUCAUUUUUCUCUCUCCCCUUGUCAUUGGAGUUCCUGUUGUAGCAGGGCGUGUCCUUGAUUUCUUAAACCUUCUCAACAUUUAAUAUCGCUAACCCCUUCCUCAUGGAACCACAACCACUGUGUAUGUGCAUAUUUGUUCUCUUCAUGUUGUACAUAAAUAUGGAUGAUGAACCCACCAAGGGUUGUGAUCGAGAACAAUGCCUAUGAAAAGAGAAAAUGCCACUGUUAUUCAGAGUUUUGCAGGUUGAUAGUAUCAACAGAAAUGGGAUUCUCUUGGAUGUUGUUCAAGUUAUUUCAGAUAUGAACCUUGUAAUCAGUAAUAGCAAAGGCCUACAUCUCCUCUUAUGCGUUGUGUGGUUCAUGGAUGUGUUUAAUGUGAUUGAGGAUAACGGAAACAAGAUCAGAGAUAAGGAUGUCGUUGGUUAUAUUCAGAGGGUAGGAAUUUGAAGGCUUGCAUUUUUUAAAAUGCUUUAAAUAAGAUCAUCUCUGUGGAAGGUUCCGAGACACUUGUAUUAGACUAAGCUGAUUUGAAUUUCGUGCUUGCUGAUUGCACUAGCUACCAAAGUGGAAUGGAGGAAGAGCAUGCUCAUUCUUAAUUGAUUCUCACCUUAUUUCAUUGAUUUAUUUAUUUUUGGUUA